GAUGAAGCUGCUGCUGCUGCUGCUGCUGCUCGUCGCUCUGCUCAGCAUCGGCGCUGAGGCUGCAGUGAAGAAUAGGAAAGAGAAAAACAAACCCUCGUCGUCCGGGUCAGAAUGCUCUGACUGGCGCUAUGGCAACUGUGUCCCUAGCAACGGGGACUGCGGCGCUGGCUUCAGGGAGGGGUCAUGUGACCAGCAGACCAAGAAGAUGAAAUGUAAAGUGCCGUGCAACUGGAAAAAAGAAUUCGGAGCCGACUGUAAGUAUCGCUUUGGCAGCUGGGGAGAGUGCGAUCCAAGCUCUGGCUCCCGGACCCGGACGGGCACGCUGAAGAGAGCUCUGUACAACGCGGAAUGUCAGCAGACUAUUUCUGUCUCCAAGCCAUGCCCGGGAAAAACCAAGACCAAAAACAAAGGAAAGAAGAAAAAAGGGAAGGGCAACUAGAAGCGGCAUCCCAGGAGGAGCUCCAGGGCUGGACGAGUGCACAUCGUGUGGACAUCUGUGAACAUCUGGUGGCCCCAACACUAACACGUCUGCAGCUGAUUUCCAUGCACAAGCCCUGCAGGAACCCCACACUCUCCCCCACUAGCAGAAAGGACUUCCAUUAAAUGUGCAAAUAUGCAAAUAUGCAGUGCAUACAUCUAGACAUGGACUGUUCUGUGCUUCUUUUUUUCUAUGACACUUGUUUGAGAUGCUUUGCUUUCACUGUAGUGAAGUCACAGACGGCAAUUCCAUGCACACCACUUUUACCACGACAGUGCAC